UUCUCGGUGACGCACGUCCUCUGCCACAAGCUUACUUUGUUCCGUCGGCAAAUGCAUACUCCUCCGUGUUCACGCACGUGGUAGCCAACCGUGCUUUUCAAUCACUCCCUGCGUCUGUGUACAGCGCGUGCGUCGUGGGCGACGCAUCUUCCCAUGUGGUUAUCGAACAACAGCACGCGACGACUGCUGGCCAGUUGCUAUAGUAGUUGCAGUGCGAACAGUUGUUUCUCGGUUUCCACCGGCUGACGCUCCUCGAACACGAAAGACGCCUCGGGCCUUUGAGAGAGUGCUGUUGUCGUCGUCUCCGCACCGCGACGCAAUUAGCCACAGCCCGACAGCAGAGAUCGAACUGUUCCCGACGCAAGAGGUCGAGCGCAGGGGUGUGUAUACACCUGCCAAGUUGAGCGGGCGCUGAAUAUGCCGCGACACCGGACCAAGAGCACGACAUUCCUAGCUGUUUGUUUCCUGUUUGUAAUCCUGCGGGAUACCGCUGAAGGGCAGUACCCACCCGGACCACCCGCCUGCAGGACAUGGUUUCAAGAGUGCGGCAUCCAGCGCAGCUACCCUUGCUGCGGAGGCUAUGUGUGCUGGCAAGGGCGGUGCAUCAACCGCAAGGAGGACCGUCAGGGUUACGUCUACCCGAAGGAUAACUAUUUCCCGCCUCCCUGGUACUACCAGCGGUUCGUGCCCAUCUACCCGGUGAACUUCAGGCCGUGAACUCGUACGACGCCCAGCACAGUGCCGACUCGAUGUACCUGUUGGUCGCCCCCCCCCCCUCUCCAUUUUCUCCGCCCUCCCAGCCAUGCACACUUCCAAUGCGUCAUAUGCAGGAUCAUCGCUUCUCUGUUUUCCGAGUUUGAAUGCUCUUCCAAGUAGCCUGGUACAUCUUUUGAUGCAUAUGCGAUUGCCUUGAAGUAACUUACGUGUACGUGUGCGGGCGCACGAAUGAGUUGACAUGCACUUCUAUACAUGUGUCAAUUUAAUUAGCUCAAAUUCGCAUCGAAACCCUUCCUGCUAUUUUUCUCUCUCUUCUGAUUCUGUGCUUUAUCGAGAACGAAACUACCGUCGUAUAUUUGAGCUAAAAUAGAAAAAGAAACAGAAGAAGAAGGUUUGGAAUCAUCCUGAUCCUAUAUGCCCUUUCGCUUUUAUUUCGCGUUCCUUCUUUUUCCCACAUUAAAUAUUUCUAUGGAAAAACAGUGUCACUAUCGAUUUGCUUUGUGUUUGCUUGUUGAAUUUUUUCGCUCCUCGUUCCCUAUGAACGCCCCUUAAUUAGCUUCUCAGACGACAAUUAAAGAGUAAAAAUGUCG